CAAUUAAUUUAUCUAGGUUCAAUUUUUUUCAUCUAGUUGGAUACAAAUUUUAAUUUGUUUUGUCCUUCAUUGUUUUGCAAUGACAAAUGUUAAUCAAGUUUUGGGUGAUUUUUAUGAUGCACUUGUUAGAGUAAGAUACCCUGGUGUUGCAACAAUUGAGUUGAGUAAUUUAGAAGCAACUGUGUUGAAUAAAAAUCAGAGAAAUGAAUUGUUGCAUUGGUUGUUGAUACAGAGUUUAAGAUCAAUUGAUUCAACAACAAUAGAGCCACAAUCUGAUAAUAAUUCACUAGUGCAAUGGUAUUCACAGAUUGGAAUUUGUAAUGACAAGGAGGCACUGCUUGGAGAGUGUACGAUUGAAAAUCAACUGCCAACAAUUGUCAAGCUUACAGAAUUCAUCAUGAAUAUUUUGGGUGUUAAUGGACAAGCAAAAGUUAUUCCCCAAGAAGCUGAAAAUAUCAUAAAUUAUUAUCUAAAAAAUGAAGUCAAUAUUAUUCCAUCAUUUGUUAAACUCACAACAAAGUUAACACCCAGUGAGGCUCGUAAAUAUGUCAAGAGUGUUAAUGAACGUGUUAAGGAACAAAAAAUACCAGACAGUCCAGCAAACAUCAACAGGGAAGUACUGGAAAAUUCUGUUGAUGGAAAAAUAAAUGAAAAUGCUCACGACACAACAGCCACAAUCAUCAGCAAAUUUUGUGAGACAUUUGAGGACAUCAAUCAGUGGAAAAAACCUAACAACAAAAAAUCAACUGAUGUAAAAACUGGAUCCUUUGAUGACUGUAUUGAGAAUAUAAAUAAAAACUUUUCAGACUUAAUCAAGACUUUGAAUAAUAAACAUGAAGUAGAAAACCAAAUAAUUCCAACAAGUUUAAAUACUGAAGACAGCCAACUGGAUCGAGCUAUCAAAGACGUCGUUGUCCGAAUGGAAGAGCUCAACAAAGUUCGUGAUCAUGACCAUGAUUAACAAUUAAAUUAAAUAUAAAAUUCUAAUUAUUUACUGCACCAAUCCUCAUGUAUCAUCACAAUUUUUGAUGUUAUUAAUCAAUAAAUAAAUUAUCACCUAAUUAUUAAAACAAUUAAAUUAUUAAUCUUCAUUUAAAAUUAAAAAUUGUCCAAUUAUAAA